CACUACUAUCGUCACUUCCUUUGAGUCCCUCUUCUCUCCACGCGAGGUCAUAAGAUAGUGUUGUGUGUAAUAUUUUAAAUCACACACCACGGAAAAAAGUGGACAAAAAAACUAAAAAACUUUUUAAAAAACAACAAAAAAAUACGAAAAACUUUUAAAAUACCAAAAAAAGGUUUGAAACGGUAAGUUUUUAAUCAGCUUUUUCAACACCAAGUCUCCAACGACAUAACGCAAUACUCGAGCGCCAUAUUGUUUGAAGAAAAGGAAGAAACAUGUCUAAUGCUAAUAUGAACCCAGCUGGUCCCAGCUACCCUAUGGCUUCCUUAUAUGUUGGGGACCUUCACCCAGAUGUCACCGAAGCUAUGUUGUUUGAAAAGUUCUCUACGGCUGGUCCUGUCCUCAGCAUUCGUGUAUGCAGAGACAUGAUCACGAGGCGAUCCCUGGGGUAUGCGUACGUCAACUUUCAACAGCCUGCUGAUGCUGAGAGAGCUUUAGAUACCAUGAACUUUGACACCAUCAAGGGACGACCAAUCAGGAUCAUGUGGUCCCAGCGUGAUCCAUCCCUUAGAAAGUCUGGUGUUGGCAAUGUCUUCAUUAAGAAUCUGGACAGGAGUAUUGACAACAAAGCUCUCUAUGAUACAUUUUCUGCAUUUGGCAAUAUCUUGUCUUGCAAGAUUGUGUGUGACGAACAUGGGUCCAGAGGGUAUGGGUUUGUACAUUUUGAGACUGAAGAAGCUGCCAGAAGUGCCAUUGAGAAGGUGAAUGGCAUGUUGCUGAAUGGAAAGAAAGUGUUUGUAGGCCGAUUCAUGAGCAGGCGAGAAAGGCUUGAAGUGCUUGGUGACAAGAUGAGGAAGUUCAACAAUGUUUAUGUGAAAAACUUCAGUGAAGAAAUUGAUGAUGAAAAACUGAGGGAAAUGUUCGAACCUUAUGGCAAGAUCAUCAGUGCUAAAGUGAUGACCGAUGAUUCCUCAGGAAAAGGUAGAGGAUUUGGAUUUGUUAGCUUUGAAGAUCCAGAGGCUGCUGAGAAGGCUGUUGAUGCACUGAAUGGAAAUGAGUUUAGUGGAAAGGUGCUGUAUGCGGGACGUGCUCAGAAGAAAAUCGAGCGCCAGGCUGAGCUAAAAGAGAAGUUUGAACGCAUCAGGAUGGAAAGAAUUAAUAGGUACCAGGGAGUCAACCUGUAUGUAAAGAACCUUGAUGACAACAUUGAUGAUGAAAGAUUACGAAAAGAAUUUGCUCAGUUUGGUACCAUUACCAGUGCCAAGGUCAUGUCAGAGGGAGGCAGAUCCAAAGGCUUUGGAUUUGUAUGCUUCAGUUCCCCUGAAGAAGCUACCAAAGCUGUGACUGAAAUGAAUGGAAGAAUUGUGGUGGCAAAGCCCUUGUAUGUUGCUUUAGCUCAGAGGAAGGAGGACCGUAAGGCUCACCUUGCCUCCCAGUACAUGCAGCGUAUUACAAGCAUGCGAAUGCAGGGACAACAAAUGGGACAGGUCAGCCAGAUGUUCCAACCAGGUGGGGCUGGAUACUUUGUCCCAACAAUGCCUCAAACUCAGAGAUUCUAUGCUCCCAAUAACAUGCCAACCAUGAGAACUAAUCCAAGAUGGCAGACAACAACUGUAAGACCAACCGGUCAGCCUGCAAGUGGAUUCCAGACCAUGCCAGGAGCUCCACAAAUGAGACAGCAGAGGCCCACAGGUCAGACCAACAUACGUACUGGAGUAGGCGCUCGUCCCAUCACUGGUCAGUCAGGAACACCAAACACACAGCAGCGCAUGCCUGUCAGUCAGCAGGUGCCUGGACGCCCCCAGGGAGGACAACCCAGUGUGCCGGCAGCCGCAAACCGCCAGGCAGGCUACAAGGGAUACAGUGCUGGUCAUAUGAUGAAGCAGCAUCAAGGACAAAAUCCAGGAAUGCAGCAGACUCCACCACAAGCUGUGAUUGUCCAGGGACAGGAUCCACUUACUGCCACCAUGUUGGCCACCGCUCCACCACAGGAGCAGAAACAGAUGUUGGGAGAGCGCUUGUUCCCUCUCAUCUCCACUAUGUUCCCAGACAUGGCAGGAAAGAUCACUGGCAUGUUGCUGGAAAUCGACAACUCUGAGCUGCUGCACAUGUUGGAAUCUCAGGAGUCGCUAGAGGCUAAGGUGAAGGAAGCUGUUGCUGUCUUGCAAGCUCACCAAGCUAAAGAAACAGCUACAACUGCUAAACCAGAAUAAACUGGUGAAACGUCUACCAACAACUAGAGAUGGGUGUAAAUAGAAACAUGACAAUUCAAUACAUCAACAUCAUAGUACACCAAUCUGAUAUAUAUAUAUACAGCUGGAGUGUUUUGUAAAUAAGGAACAUCACAUUUAAAAUUGUUUUUAUUGGUGGUUGGUUCAAAAUUAUCCGUUGCUGUUUUUGGCUAGACUGUUGACAAAAUUCUUUGAAAUUGUUAAAUGAGGUUACAUAUUGUUCUUUGCUAAUAAUUUUAAAGCAUAAAUUAUUUGACAGAAAAUGAAAUGUGAUUGUUUGAUUAUUAACUGCUUCCUUUCAACAAACAAAAACAAAAAAAAAAAUCAAAAAAAUUGCAAAAUAUUGUGUAAAACAGCAACGCAUAAAAAUUGUAUAAAUGUUAUUGGUUUCUGUAACUCUUUCUCGUUUCAUUUAAUUUUUAUAUAAAAAUUUUACAAUUAACAAAAUUAGUUAUAUCCUGGUUAAAAACGAGAAGGGGUUAAUCUUUCCAGAAAGAAACAAGAAUUUUUGUUUUAGUUUAUAUAAUUUUUUAUAAUGAGCACAGCAUGGAAACGGUUCCACAAAGCAUUGAGAGUCGGAUACUCUAUGAUGACUUCACCGGUUGUGGAACCCAGACUUUAUUGCUGUGUUUGAUUUAAGUUUUGAAAACAAGCAUGUAAACAUCUACUACUACAAGAAACAGAGGAGAGGGUCUUUGGAUUCAGUUAAUAAUCAACUAAUGCAUUUUAUAAAUAAAUUUCCGUUUCAAA